CAUUGUCACUGUCAAGUGUCACGGAACAAAAGUAUUGAAUAUUUAUUGAUUUUUUUUCGCAGAUGAUCCCAUUGGUAUCCACUCUGAUUGUUAUGUCGGAAAUUAUCGUUCAUUGUGAUAAGGUUUUGUUCGCGUCGAAUGGUACAUCGUCGAAAGUACUUAUGAGUGUUAGAGGAAUAUGUCCAGUUUGAAAAUCGCAUCGAAGCUGAGAAACGUAUUGUAGCAUAGAGAGCAUGUAUGUCAGCUAGCACUAGAUAGUCGUGCUUGUUGUCAUGUUGGAGACCAGAUCUAUUCGUGGAAUGCCGGAACACUCUUGGAACAACUAUUGUGCAAGUGCAAGAAUACCUCCUCACCUAAUGGCGACGCCAAUCAGACACGGCAAAAGCGGCCAAGACGACAUCUGUUAUGUUGUGGCGAAGUACGAUUACGAGCACCAAGGUCCCCAAGAAUUAGACUUGAAGAAAAACGAGCGGUAUGUCCUGCUAGACGAUUCGAAACACUGGUGGAAGGUACAAAAUGCUCGCGGUCAAGCGGGAUACGUGCCCAGUAAUUAUGUGAAAAAGGAGAAACCCUCGCUUUUCGAUAGCAUUAAAAAAAAGGUGAAAAAAGGAUCGGGUUCGAAGACUCUGCCCUCCAACAAUUCCCCGUCUAGAACAGUAGAAUCUCCGAACAUGGCGAGGAGGCUGCCCGCAGAUCCUUCCGAGGCCAUCGGCGUCGCAAUUGUCAAAUACAAUUAUCAGGCGCAACAGCCCGAUGAAUUGUCACUCGUAAAAGGCUCAAGAAUUCUCAUACUCGAAAAAAGCAAUGAUGGAUGGUGGCGAGGCCAGAGCAGCAACAUUUCCGGUUGGUUUCCGUCGAAUUACACGCAAGAAGAGGGCGAAUUGGACGAGACCCUCCACACUUACGCCAUGGCGGAGAACGUGCUCGACAUCGUCGUCGCCUUGUACUCGUUCUCAUCUUCCAACGAACAGGAAUUGUCUUUCGAAAAGGGCGAUAGGCUAGAAAUUUUAGACCGGCCCGCCAGCGAUCCCGAAUGGUACAAAGCGAGGAAUUCCCAAGGGCAAAUCGGCUUGGUGCCGAGGAACUAUCUGCAGGAACUGAACGAUUUUCUCGACCGUCCGCUGUUGCAAGAGAGAAAUCGACCGGGUCCGAUGGAAACGUCGAUGGAACGAUCGACCGUCUCCAUGCCGGACAAGCCCCAUCUGAUCGACAAGCCUUGGUAUUACGGUAACAUCACUAGGUACGUGUGCGACAGCUUGCUCAACCAGCACGGACACGACGGAGAUUUUCUCAUAAGGGAUAGCGAAACGAACGUGGGUGAUUAUUCCGUGUCUCUGAAAGCUCCUGGUAGGAACAAGCAUUUCCGCGUCCACGUGGAAGGAGCUCUGUAUUGCAUCGGUCAGAGGAAAUUCCACACGUUGGAUCAGUUAGUCGAUCACUAUCAAAGGGCGCCCAUUUACACCAACAAGCAGGGCGAGAAACUCUAUUUAGUUCGUCCCCUGCCCAAGACAAAAUAAUGUACCGAAUCCGGCGCACGAGAAAGAAACUCGUUAGAUUUAAAAUAUGUGCUAUCAGUGUGAGUGUUCAUUUUUUGAUUUUAUAUCGUUUUAUUUUUUUUUUCGAGUCAUUCGAAUUGGAAUCAAAUGACUAACCUUUGUAUAUCUGGUCAUAUUUUAUAUUUUUGUUUGUUUUGUACAUACGAUUUUUUUUAAGUUAUUCAGUUUUUUAGCGGUAGUUUCAAAGCACAAGUUUUUUUUUGUUGAAUGCAAAGUGGUUUUUCUUUGAUGACAUAUUUUGAUGGAAAAAUAAAAUUUAUUCGCGGAUUUUUAGGAUGAUUUAACAUCACUUUGGAUGGAAAUGAUUUUUUAGUAAAAUUUGAUUAAAACUACGGUUGUUCCUUCUGUAGCCUUUUUGGAACAUACACUUGUAUAGGUAAAAGCAAGUUUGUUUGCGUUAUGGUCAAUUCUAUGAGUUGAACAAAGAAAUAUUAUUAUAAUAAAAGUGGUUAGAGUGAGUAAGUUGCAUUACCACAAUAUCACUCCUGUUCCUUAAUAUGUACGAGUGUACUGGAAACAAUUUUGCAUCUACCUGUAUAUGAAAUUUGUAGUUUAAAUUUGUUCAAAUUAAAUUUAUUGGUAGCUUUAAAGCUUAAUAAGGUAUUAAUGAAAUUGUAAAUAAUACAUUUUUACCACUUUUCACUAGUCAUAAUUUAUAAAAAAGACGAUUUAUCGAACAACCACUUUGCGGAUUUAUUGAAUCAUUAAAAGAUAUACCAAGUGAUUAAGAAAACGGCUUUAUAAACAGUCAAAUACUCAUUAUAAUGUAGAGAAUAGUCUGUUUGGAUUUUUUUAUAUUAGACGAAUUGAUUUCAAGACUAAUCGGGAGAAUUUUUUACGUGAAAUAUGUCGGUGAUCCGACCCCACAGAGCGUCGUCUGAAACUAUAUUAUAGCUAAAUUGAUAAAUUAGAAAAUUUCUUCGUAAUUUACAAAAAAUAAAAAGGAUUGAAAUUUGUUAUGCGUAGUUUAUAGUUCGUUUUUUACAUGAAUAUCGGAUUGAAACAUCUGAUUUAUACGAUAUCGGACGUAACGAAGAUUUUAAUAAACUAAUAUAGUAAUUAUGCAAUUUAUUCUGGAGUCAAAAAUUUGUCUCGUGUAUUUUUAGCACAAUAAAUUAUAGUUAGGUGAAAAUUGGAGUGAGAAGAAUAUUGACUACUCCCUUUAGAUUUAGUGUAAAAUUUUAGAAAAACGAGUUUUCGAGAGAUUUUCACUUGAAAAUGAAAACAAAAGUGAAAUAUUUAUCGAAAUCAAGAGAUAUAUGGGGUGUCCCGCAUGAGAACCGUCUAGGGGAGCCCAAAAAGUUGUUUAACCGAACUUAACUCAAUACAGAGUUACAUUCCUGAGAAGUUAUAGGCCUUCAAAGUGGAGUUAUAAAUUAAAAAUUAAUAUCUCAGUAAUACUCAAGCUUAAAACUUCAAACGUAAUACUCAAACUUAUGAGUGUACU